ACGGUUGCAAGCAAGCAGACAAACAGAGAUAGGACUCCUCUAAACGCCAUAUUGCUUUGCAAACAAAAAGGGGGGAGUGGCUGAUCUACUUGGAGACUGCGCAUGCUCAGUAAGUCCUUCUUUGACAAGCACGCUGGAAUCAUGUCUAAGCGGGAGAAUCCUAUGCGAGAGCUUCAGGUGAAGAAGCUAUGCCUUAACGUUUGCGUGGGGGAGAGUGGUGACAGACUCACUAGAGCUGCUAAAGUGCUUGAGGCCCUUACUGGACAGCCUCCAGUCUACUCUAAAGCACGCUACACUGUUCGAUCGUUUGGUAUUCGUCGUAACGAGAAGAUAGCUGUCCACUGCACAGUGCGUGGACCCAAGGCCGAGGAGAUACUCGAGAAAGGUCUCAAAGUCCGCGAGUACGAGCUGAGAAAAGAGAACUUCUCCUCUCAAGGCAACUUUGGAUUUGGUAUUCAAGAGCACAUUGACUUGGGCAUCAAGUAUGACCCUACUAUUGGCAUCUAUGGGAUGGAUUUCUACGUGGUGAUGGGUCGCCGUGGAUUCCGUGUGCCUAACCGUAAGCGAAGCCCAGGUCAUCUUGGGUUCAGGCACAGGGUUACAAAGGACGAGGCAAUGAAGUGGUUCCAACAGAAGUAUGAGGGAGUUUUGCUGCCUGGAAAGAAGAAGUGAACAAUCUAGCUGUGCUCUACAUUGGUUGUUCUCUUUGUAGUUUAUUGUGCACAAAUUUUCAUCUGAUGUGUUAUUAUGAUUGCAAA